UUACCAAUGUCUCUCGUCCACAACUUGCAUUUAUCGUACAAAAUACAAUAACUCCAGAUAAUAUAAAUGGACGAAGAUACUCCUAUUCUUUUAGCCUAAAAGAUAUACUACUAUCAUUUUGGGAGUUGGAUUCCCUUCAUGACAAGUUACUGUUACUAAAGCUAUUUUAUGGCAAUUGUCCCAUUUACUACAACCAUGAGCCAAUCCCAACAACAACAAGAUCACGACAACAUCAACAACAACACCAUUAAAGGAGAUGAUGAUGAUGAUCAUGAACAUGACAUGGUCAUGCCUGGUUUUCGAUUCCAUCCUACUGAAGAAGAACUUGUUGAGUUUUACCUUCGCCGUAAGGUUGAAGGCAAACGUUUUAAUGUGGAACUCAUCACUUUUCUUGAUCUUUAUCGCUAUGACCCUUGGGAGCUUCCUGCUUUGGCAGCAAUUGGAGAGAAGGAAUGGUAUUUCUAUGUGCCAAGAGAUAGGAAGUAUAGAAAUGGGGAUAGGCCUAAUAGGGUGACAACUUCAGGGUAUUGGAAGGCUACUGGAGCUGAUAGAAUGAUUCGAACAGAAAAUUCGCGGUCGAUUGGCCUGAAAAAGACAUUGGUUUUCUACUCCGGCAAGGCUCCUAAAGGCAUAAGAAGUAGUUGGAUUAUGAACGAAUAUCGUCUUCCACAACAUGAGACUGAACGCCUACAAAAGGCAGAAAUUUCACUUUGUCGUGUCUACAAAAGAGCUGGAGUGGAAGACCAUCCAUCUCUCCCACGAUCACUUCUAACAACAAGGGCAUCAUCUUCUUCUUCUUCAAGAGGAACAACUUCCAUCAAGAAACAGCAACAAGAUUCAUCAUUAGUCUCUCCGUUAUUCGUAGGACAAUCUUCUCAACAACAACAACAAAUGGAUGAAAAACUAAGUACUGAAACAAGUGCAAGUAGUACUAGCACUGAUCACCACCACCACCAUCAACAUCACCAUCAUGUUGCUACAUCCCUCGGGCUCAAUUCCCUUUCAAAUUCCUACACUAACAUCGCGUUAGACCCAAAUAUUGGGGGCGCGGUCACUUCAUCCUUGAUCACCACAUCAUCCACCUUGACACCUUUCACUUCAUUAGUAUCAACAACACAUAAUGCUGAUGAUCUCCACAGACUAAUCAACUUAGAGCAGGCCGUCGCCUUUCAUAAUAAUCAGCACCAUUUUCAUAAUCCAAUUAAUCAUCCUUCUGUUGUUGCAGCCCAACAAUUUCCUCCACUAUUAUUGCAACAGCCACACCUAGCACCACAGCAGCCACAAUCUUUACUGCUUCAAGGAUCUCUUCAGUCGUCGGCAGCAGCAGCUUUUUCGGACAGAUUGUGGGAAUGGAAUUCUAUCAAUCAAGCAGAUAAUGCAAACUGCAAGGAUCCGUACCAGCCCAAUGAUCCCUUCAAGUAAUUUCAUCACUGAACUGCAUAUAUUCAUAUUGAUAUUAUAUAAUAUAGUUCUCUAUAUAUUAUCUACUGAUAUUUUAGCUUUACUAUAGCUUAGUUUUAUGAUCAAAAUAAUGUACCGUUUUUAGGGUUUUGGGUAGCUCUAAUUUGUUUAGGGUACUAUUAUAAUUAUAAGUUGUUGUAAUCUCUCUCUAAUUACUUUAGUGCUUGAUUAAAUUAGACGUGCUAAGUUAGCUCUACUUUUUUUGUGGAAAUGGUUAAUUCAUUUUCUUAGGGUUUGAUUUUAAUUUUUGUGGUAUAUAUCACCUUUUUGUGUGCAA